CGGCCUCCAACUUUGACCAGGCUCAGACAUGUUUCGCCACUGCGUGCGUCUUCAACUGCGUAGGGGUCUCCACACGCGUGCCAGCGCGUCGUUCAACUCUCAAACGUUCAAACGCUAUGGACACCCAGCUUAUGUGGUGGGAGCCUCGCUCACCAUGGCAACUUAUUUAGCUUGGAUGUGGAACUCGAACCCUCGGCAUGUAUCGCUCGAUUCUGAACCGAUUCAUGAUUCCCAAAAACGACAUCUGUCGAAACCCGAGCCUUCUCUCUUGUCGGAGCAUGUUCCGUCUGCCUCGGCGACACCAGAAGUAACCGCUUCAAUCAUAGCGACGCCUUCUACAGAGAAGACUGAUGCCGAUGCAGUACCAUCGGAUGCACAAGGCCAGGGAGAAAUCCAGGAAGACUCUUCGGGUGGGCAAGGUGCAUUCAAUCCUGAAACCGGUGAAAUAAACUGGGACUGUCCAUGUCUCGGCGGGAUGGCUCACGGACCCUGUGGUCCCCAGUUCCGAGAAGCAUUCUCUUGUUUCGUCUACUCAGACAAGGAGCCGAAAGGCAUCAACUGCGUAGAGAAGUUUAAGGCAAUGCAGGAUUGUUUCCGUGCACACCCCGACGUUUACGGGGAAGAAAUUAUGGACGACGACGAUGAAAAUGUAGAGGCACCUUCGGAGUCCUCGUUACAACCUGGUGAUGUUCCUUCGUCUAACUCGCCACCACCAAAGGAGCAGCCAGCUCCGGCCUCGCAGACACCCUAGAGAUCAGACGCACUUAUUUUAUGAUACGUAUAUAAUCGCCACUCAUUGACGU